AUGGACGCGUCUACACAGACCAGAUGCCAAACGGAGAAAAAGCACUUUUCCCAGCAAACCGGGCAAGAAGGAGGUUGGGACGGCACACAAGAAGAGGAGACAGUGAAAGAAGUCGAAAGGAUAAGCAGGGGAAAGGAGGAAGAAAAAAGAGCAGGAGGCAAACACCGAGGAAAGAGAAAUCAAAUAAAAUCGCAGAACUCAGAUACCCAAACUGAGCGGGUAAAAGACAAGUCAGUCCAAGUCUUCAGGUGGCGUGCGAUAAAAAUCGACGUAGAGGAGAAAAGGAGGUCGAACAAAGAGAGAGUGUUGGAGCUGACACGACAGCAUCGGCGAGUUGAGAAUAUUCCAAUGGAGACGACAGUGUCGAACAAAAUCUCUCCAACGCAAAACAAACCCUACGUAUCACCGAUGCUGCUUCCCGGACCCGAGCCUUCAACGUCAAAGAAAACGAAGGAAGAAACGAACCAAGAGAAAAGGGUACAAGAAACAGAGGAAAGAAAAAGAUAUAAGGAAAAGAUGAAUAAUGACGGGAGAGAGUGGACUCAAUGGAAAGUUGGCGAGUUCCACUGGGAGAGGAAAACAAAGAGCCCGGUAAAGGAAAUACAUGCUACAGAACAAGAGCUAAUUAAAGACAGGAAUACGAAAGAGGGAGUAGAAGGUAAAAAAGAAAGAAAACAAAUGACGGAUAAGAAGAACAGAGCGAUACAAAAAGAAAGCUUGGUAACUCUCGAAAAAAACAACUGGAUCAAUGACGAAGUUAUCAACAUAUGCUUGGAAUUGAUUAUGGAACGAGCGAAUCGGGUUCGUGGGAAUUUCAAAGUGCAUUGUAUGAACACCUUUUUCUUCCCCCGUUUAAAGGCCGGGGGUUAUGACGCCGUGAAGAGAUGGAAAAAAAAUACCAAACUUCUUUCUUUCGAUCUGAUCUUGAUACCACUACAUUUCGGAAAUCAUUGGUGUCUGGCCUCCAUCGACCUCACAAAAAAGAAUAUCAACUAUUUCGAUAGCCUACUAGGUGAAAAUGAAGAUUGCCUGGUAACUCUUUUCGACUACAUCACCAGGAAAGCCGAGGAGGAAGAAUGCAAGGAAUGGCAACCUCAACAAUGGAACUUUAUCUACAAAAAGAGGAUUCCCCGUCAAAGCAAUAAUCAUGAUUGUGGGGUCUUCGUGUGUUUAUUUGCGGAAUAUGAGGCGGCUGGACGGGAGUUAGAUUUCACACAAAAAGAUAUCGCGAACAAAAGAAAAAAAAUCGCUAGUGAAAUCAUAGCCGGCGAAUUAGAGAGCCGUUAA